UAAACAAUCUCCAAGCUUCCUGGCAGUCUGACCAAUAUUUUGUUGGAUUGAAUCAUAACCUCAUGCUUCAUGGCAUAGUUCGUUGACUGCAAUAGACGAUGUAAAUGUUAAACUUCAUUAUAUGUAUCCUACAGCCACACACUAGUAUCAGCCUUUAAAGGGGCUUCUGAAUGGUGGUAUUACAUUUCCUUGACCCGCUCCCCUCCCUCCCCUUCAUCUCCACACGGGGUUUCUCAGUUGUGCGUCUUCGGUGCGUCUUUUCGGUAAACAGCGCCUUCUGGUUCUGAGCGCGCUGCUGCCGAGAAAACACGUCAACCACUGCAGCAACAGCAGCACAGCACGCAGUCCGCAGACGGCCUACGAGGACCCACAGGGAGGCUCUCCGGCCACAGUCUGCUCUUUCUUAAUUAUGUCCACGGCUGCAGAUGAGAGCCGACGGGAGCCGGAGCCGCUCAAAUUGCGCCAAUUACCUGCAGAAGGCGGACGCGCGGCGCUGCGUACACGGAGCAGUAUGCUGCGUUGAGAGCAAAGAGAGCUGAUUGAGACAAAGAAAAGAAGUCGCUUAAUCGGUUGAUUGUCAGUCAUUAAAAGGACGCGCGUUGUCUGCUCUUUACGUAACCGUUUCUGCGUAAUUUUGCACCGGGUACUGGAUGGCGCGUGGAGCGGGAUUAUUUUGGCGAGGAUCUCUGUAGUGCUCUCCCUCCUCCCCUGCAUCCGCCGUUGUCCUCAACUGCAGACACAGACUCAUCCAGACGGGCACUAUCCGUGUGCAGCAGCGCUGUAAACAGACAGAGGAGCUGGUUCUUGUAAUCAGAGCCGACAUCGCUGCAUCCCGGUUUGAAGGCUACAGUCAACAAUGCCUGGGAAUCCUCCAGCUGCUCUCCCAUGCUGUUCUCUGAGAAUGGGAUCGUAGUAAACCUCUCUGGGAUUUAGAACAACUGCUAGCAUGUUGCAGCCCUCCACCGGAACAGGUGACAGCCUGUUGGAAACAUUACCUCACUGGAGUAAGCGUCCGAGAUGGGCCCUCUCCCUGGCCCUCUGCGUGGCUCUCCUCUGGCUCCCAGGGGCAGCGGGCUCGACCCUAAACUGCCACAAGACGUGCAUCUGCGCCUCGAACAUAGUGAGCUGCUCCAAGAUGAAUCUGACGAUCGUCCCGACGGGCCUGCCGCUCUACACGGCCGUGCUGGAUCUCAGCUAUAAUGAGAUAACGCGGCUGCGGUCUGAGUGGACUCCUGUCAAGCUCCUGAAGCUCCAUAACCUCCUCCUCAGCCAUAAUGGUCUCCAUUUCCUGUCCUCAGAGGCGUUCAUAUAUGUGAAGCACCUACGCUACUUGGACCUGUCCUCCAACAAUUUGCGGCAGCUGGAUGAGUUCAUCUUUGAGCCUUUGGUCAACCUGGAGGUCCUCUUGCUCUACAAUAACCACAUUUCCCAGAUUGACCGCGCGGCCUUUAUCGGCAUGCUUAACCUUCAGAAGCUCUACCUUAGCCAGAACCAAAUCUCCCGCUUCCCCAUGGAGCUGGUCAAAGAAAAGUCGCGCCUGGAGAAACUUACACUCCUGGAUGUCUCCUCCAACAGGAUCAAGACGUUGCCCAUUGAUGAGCUCAAAGUGCUGCCUGCCUGGAUUAAAAAUGGCCUCUACUUCCACAAUAAUCCCCUGCUGUGUCACUGUGAUCUCUACACACUCCUGGCCCACUGGUACAUUCGAAAGCUGAAUUCUGCAGUGGACUUCAAAGAUGACUACACAUGUCUUCUGCCUGGUCCGCAAAAAACCCAAGUUCGAGUUUUUGAACUCAGCGGUGACUAUAUGAACUGCAGCACCUUCGUGGAGGCGGAUGAAGAGGCUUUUCUGGAGCAAACACUGACGCUUGGCUGCGACACCAAACACAGGGGCAUGUCAAAGACCUGGAUGAUGCCUGGUAAUGUGAUGGUGACGCCUGGAAGCAACCAGACAGCCAAAGUCCUGCGAGACGGGAGCCUGCAGAUAAGUCCGGUGAGGUCUGAGGACGCUGGGACCUACACUUGCAUUGCGAUGAGCGAGGUCUUCAAUGAGACCAUCUACAUUGUGCUGAAGGUUCAUAACUUCACCAUGCAUGGGAACGGGGAGACCCUGAACACAGCGUACACCACCUUGGUGGGCUGCCUGGCCAGCGUGGUGCUGGUUCUCAUGUACCUUUACCUGACACCGUGUCGAUGCUUCUGCUGCCCCUCCAAGGGUAAGGGUCGGGGUGAGGACAGCAUCCACUCGUCCAUGCUCAGCGUGACGCCUACCCACGAGGAUCCAACGCUCAAGGCAGAGCUGAACAGGCACGUGGCGUUCAUAGACUCCAAGGACUUGCAAGGCCAGAAUGGCAAGCUGAACCCCAACGGGGAUGAGGAUGAUGAGGAAAUGGAUGCAGAGACUGGCUCGCUUAUGAAGGGGAAGAGGAAGAAGUCAGUAGCAGAGUCCAUCAGCUCCGUCUUCUCAGACACUCCCAUGGUGGUCUGAGAUGGAACUAGCAAAGAGGAUGGAUGGCACAUGACUGGAUGUAUAUGGUACAACAUGAGCCAUCUUUUAGUUCCUGUAAACUGUGACUGUGACCUUGUGGGAGGAAACAGAGUAAGGAUCUGUAGUUGUUGGCAAGUCGAAAUAAGGAUCUCAAAGGGAUUAAAAAAAAACUGUCAUGUUGUCAAUAGGGACAACUAACAGGACUUUUCCAGCAUUUUAAUCUGUAGCACUUAAUAUUCAUACUGUGAAGGAAUGGCAGUAAACAUGAACAGUCUUAGGAGAGUAAAAAGUAGAUGAUAUGUUGUUGAUAUCAGCACUCAGGAAGUGAACAUUUGAAGUGUGGGGAAUACAUAUGACACAAUGCACAGGUAGAAAUGAGAUUUAGGAGGAACACAUAAUGUAUUACAAACAUGGCUGGCUCAUAAUUUAAAUCGAGUACAAGCACUAGAAUAGACUGCAUCUUAAGUUAGAGCUUCGACACAUUUACCCCUCAACACAGGGAGUCUUAGAUAGGCCGACCGUCAUCACCAGGUUAUGAAUACAUCUGUCAUUAGCCUUGAGUCACCUAUACAGCAGCAGCAUGCCACAAACCCACAUCACAUGAGGACCCAGACUGAUCUGUGAUCCAAAGGAAAUGUAGAUUUACCCGAUGAUUAGAAACCACACAAACAUAAUCGCAGGUCAUUCUUUGCUAUUACUUAUGUGCACUCAGAUGUAGUUCAUCAGACUGAUCAUUCUUCGUAUUCAUAGUCAUAUGUGUAGCGAUAUGUACUUUUUCUUCACUAUGUUAAGUGAUCAAUAUAUAUAGGUAUAUUAUAAAAUAGUUGAACAGCUCGAGGCAGAUCGUUGUUUAUGAAUGAAUUAAAAUGGUCAUAGUAGUUCAGGUGCAUUAUGUAAGAAUUUCAGUUUAAAACCUUCAAAUAUAGUGUGAGGAAAUAACAGUUCUUGUGUUAAUGUCCAAGACGCCUACGAAGUGUCUAUGUUAGCAUGGUAGCCAGCUAGCAAUGGGCCCAAAAGCCUCAUUCCCCCCAGUGGCCCAGAGCUCCUGGGCUAGUGAUGUGAACACCAACACUCCCAUGGUAGUCUGACUAGCUGCACGGCUAACUGAGCUAACAAGCUAACAGUAGCCACAGUCAUGGACUGUUAAAGAAAUGUGUUUAGCAGUAGUUAGCAGUUACUCUGGUGAUAUGCCUCCCCUUUUUAUGUCGGUAUUAUAAAUUCAACAAGUGGACAAUUCUUACAUAUUGCACCGUUAAUCCAAAAGAAACAUUUAAAGCCUUACUCAAUUAAAAACAAAGAACGCCUUCUGUAGGUGCAGGGACGUGUUUUGUCUCAAAUCUGUAUACAGACAGCUACCGGAGUCUUUACAAGGACAAAUAGGCUUCUGUUAGUUGUCCUCUGAGGUGCCACUUACUGUAGAGUUUGACUCCUCCUCUUGGCCAGGUCAUAGCAUUUGCUUUUUCUCAGUCACACUAUCAAGAAGUUGAACACCAAGCUAAUGCUAAAAGCUGCAAGUUUCAGCUCAUGUUGGUGUUCGCUGUGUGUAAGAUGUGCAGCUUGAACAAAACUCUUGAAUAUGUUGUGGUAGAUUUAAGUACUUGAUCUUGCAUUUGGCUCAGACAGAAUAUUAGCGGGGUCGUGCUGAUUUAAAAAUGUAGCUGUUUUACCCCUGUGGCAGGUACAAAAUGCUGCAUGUCAUAUCAGCAGGUAAACAUUAAAGUCUGCCACGUAAUUAAACCUGAAGGGCUGCUUCAGAUGAUGACGCUUAUGAAUAAUGAAUAUGAUGAGGCUGUAUUUUUUGGCAUGAGAGAGCUGAUUCCAGAAACAGGAAACCCCUUUCAACCUUCAGAUCCCUCUUCUACAAUUAUAAUCGGCUCUAUUGUGAAUUCCCUUUACCAUUCAAGACACCUUGUAUGAUGUGCGUAUUUCAUUCACAAGGUUUUAAAACAGGAGACUCAACCAAGAAAGGGUGAUCUGGAGGAACUGUGCCACAUUUGUAUCAUAAUACAACAAGGAUAGCCCGUCGUAAAUGCUAAUAGCCUCUUUUCGAUGAGACGCCGAUUCCCUCUGCUUUCCAUGUCAUUGUCUCUCGGAUCAGGAGGGGAAUAGGUGUUAUCGUGAGUCACAGAUCCACAAAGCCAUUCUCUGUGGCUCGCUCGAAGCUGACGGCCCAGAUGUGUUUGCUUUGUUUGUGUACCGCCAUCAUUACGAGGCUGCCCUUCCCAGUUCAAAAGCGAUCAUUCAACCAGGCGAUGAAUGUGAUGCCCUUUAAGUAGUCUGUAAUUUGUUUAUGAGGGAAGUGCCCGGAGCUUUUAUUGAACAUUUGCUCACCCAGUGACUCAUGUGGUUGGAAAAGUAUAACUUUGCUUUUUAGUUUCUUUCUUUUUAGGAUAUUUAUGUAAAAUCACACACAUCUCGCAAUUAAAUGUCAGCGUGGCUCCCAAUUGUUAAGAUGUGCACAUCUCUGGGUGCAACGGGUUUUUUUUUUUUACGCAAAAAUCAAUGUUAUAUUCACAGUUGCAGUGUGCACCUCAGCAUCUCAUGUGUGGGUGAGAAAAGGAAGUCACACUUAUCAGAGAGGUGGUGCGUGAAUCAUCUCAUUCCUCACACAUAGGAAUACCAGGUGGAGAAAUAGAGAGCUGCAAAAAUACCACAAGACGCACUGAAAUGCAGCCACAUUUAGCACUGCUGCAGAAUCUGGCCCAUUUUUAAGGAUUCAGGCCCCCUAAGAAUCAAAAUAUAUUAAUCUGCUCUCAUUGUGGGAUCAAACUGAAACCCCUCAGAUUUCAUGGCAGCAUGGACGCCACAAUGUGAAAUUGCUAAAACCUCUGAUUUUUGGCUGUUGAAUAGCACACAUUGAACUGCCGGAACAAUAAUGAAUGGCGUGUAUCUGUCCUGCAGUAACUCAGUAGAACAUGCUGUGGCUAAUGGGCGGGUCUGGUCUGUACAGAGAAAAACUAAGUGCUAUUGCGAAGGUCCGAACACGGAGGAGAAGAGUGGCUUUGUUCUCUCCAAAGCAAAUCUGCCUUCCUAUAUCUAUCUAUAUAUACAGUAUAUAUAUGUAUUAAGACUCACUUCUCUGUGUUCAGUAUUGAUUAGUUGUGUACUGCUAUGUUCUACCAGUGUACUGACUGUAUUCUUGUAUAAUCUGAUGUUGUUGAUCAUUUUGCAUUUUGUCCGCCGCUGUGCUACUGUUAGAUGUUUCGACAUUCAAGUCUUGACUUCAAUGUUAAUUUUUUUUAAACGGGAUUGGGGUUUAGUUUUUUAUUGAAAUAGGAUGUAUUUUACACUCUGGUUAAAAUGACAAAAUAUAUAUUGAACACAUGUUAAAAACUGCAUAGGAAGAGUGCAACUGAACAUGAUACAUCCCUAAAGGGCAGUGAGUAUGUAGCCGCCAGUCAUUUCCAGUCAGUAUUUGACUUUGCUCAUAAAGCCAUAAGGAAUUCAAGGAGAGAGGACGGUUCUUUAUCAGAUUGGUGGCUGUGUCAGGAUGUAGGGAGCUGUAGGUGAGUCCUACAACAGACGCUUUACCACAAUUCAAGGGACAAUAUGUAAGCAUUUUAGUUGAAAAUUUUCAAAAAUUAAUGGGGUACUAGGUAGUUUUGGGGAGGAAAUUUAAUAUCAGAAUUUUUAUAUUCACAAUAUUAAUGAGGUAAUAAUACAAACUCAGAAAUAUUUAGUUUCACCAUCACUGAAUAAACAAGCUGUUCUCAGAGGAAAAUGAAAUGAUGUUGUCCUUUAUGGUCAGUUUGUUUAGUCAGUCACGAAAACAAAGAGAGGUGUUUAUGUAGUUUGUUUAGGCCUUAAAAAAAAUCUGUCAAUUUCAUUGGUUCUUUGCCCCCAAGCUCCCAGUCCUACCUGCUAGCUGCACUCCUAACUGAGCUAACUAGCAACGUGCAGCUACAGUUAGCAGCAGUAAGUGGUUACUCUGAUUAGUAUGAAAUUGACAUUUUGACAAUGGCUAAUUCUUACAUAUUGCACCUUUUAAAGCAACAACAUUUCAAAGUAUAUUUUCUGUAAAAGCCAGGAAUGUAUGAAAAUCACAAGAUCUCUCCACUCCAAUCAAUGAAUUCCUUAAACACAGUGGUGGAUUUUCAAGACAGAGGCUAAAUAAAUCUUCUCAGGACUGUGUCAGUUUUAAGUUCUAAUAUAAUGCAAUGUGAAUACAUCAUUGCAUUUUCAAGGUUUUUAGAUUUGCAGCAUCAGUACGAAUAAUCUUUGGUCUGCAUAUACAGCACAUAUACAGUUUCCCAAAUGACCAUCUACAGAUUGAUAAAGGAAGUAGUUUCCAUUCAUCUGACCACGAGGUAGCAAUUACAAUACAAAACAAACUUCCUUGAGGCUGUGGGGCUAAAUGCUUGCCACUUAUAUGGUUUGCCACUACAAGAAUGGAGCUUUUAACAGCACUGAAAGCCCUGAGUUUAUCGACCGCAGCUUCAGAGACAAGUUGAUCGGUCACCGCCAUAAAAUCUGAAAGGUCUCUUAGCUAACGUGGAAUGGCUUUGCAUGGUACGCUUAAGAGUUUCUCUGACUGCAGGAUAGGUGCAACCUAGUAGGCAAAAAAGAUGAAGAAAAUUGAUAUAUCGUUUGACUUAAUAAAAGAUCAAGAUUUA